AUGACGUGGCUUACAUGGCGAAGAAUGAGCACACGAUUCGGUCUCCCUACCAUGGCGGGGACUGAUCACAGUAUCCUAGAAGCGUUGGCGAACAAGCCAGCAUGGCUGCCAGAUGUAAUGCACCACCAACUGCAUAUUGCAUACCAAGGGUCGAGGCUCUGUAAUGUUCUCGGUAACUGCGAAAUGACCGCCGAUGGGCUUCUACCCAACCCUGCACCAAUCAUCCAGAUGUUUGACACGGAGCUGCGGGCGCAGGAAGCUCGGUUUGCUUCGUGUUGGCGGAACAACGAGUAUAUUUUCUUUCUGGCCACCAAGCUACAGUUGUAUUCUUUUGCGCUCUCAACUACGGGUCUUGAAUUGACCAACUCUGCCGAAAGACGGACAGAAAUAUAUUCCCAUGCCUAUCUUACGGCGAUGAACUUGUUGCAAUCUGCACUGGAUCUGUCGACGGAGCUGCCUUAUUGGUCUGAGCACCAGUUGAGGAAUGUUAUAGAUGCCGUCUACUUUCUUCUCAAGCUCGGUGGGGCUUCCUAUGAAUUUGUGGACGAGGCAGCAGCGAAAAAUACUGUCGGCCAGGUCUGGCAGCUACUCCGCAGUCGAUCACAAACCGAGGAUGACCAUGUGUCUCGAGUGUGUUCCGUUAUCGAAUAUCUGAGCCAAAACCCUUGGAAGCGGGAAAGUAAUGUUUCGGUAAAAAUCAAGUCACGCAUGGCGGGAAAUUUGGCUAUUGACUCGGUGUGGUGCGCUCGCAAUCGGUUCAGCGAGACGGUGAGGGCGCAACGCCCCGUGGACUAUACUUCGGCGGCUGGAAUCGAGAAGUCCUUGGAUGGAUUGGAUGAGCAACCGUGGCUGUCUUUUUUCGGUGAAGUGGUUGGCGACUGGGAGUGUAUCUUCGAGAAAAUGAAUGUAGAAUCUUUGUUGGGAUCCAUGGAUGGGGGGUAG